CAUUAAGUGCGCUUGCUGUAACCGAAGGUUCGAAUUUAAAAGCCGUGGCGGCGGUCACGAAAUAAUCUGGUGACACCUACUUCAUUCUCGAGUGGAGGAUUCAGUUUUUUCUCUACGCAAAGGUGGCAAAGUUCGCAGGUCCGUAUAUAUAGGAGCGUCAGCGUCCCCUCGAUGGCUGAACGUUGCCUUGCCAUCCAUUGUGCUCUGCAGAAACGUAAUCUGUCGACAAUGUCUGUCUAGUGUGCCUGAGGAGAGAUCCGAGAUAAGACACUCAGCGUUCACGUUGGUGCAGUGAUGGAGCAAGGUUCAAUGGAUGCGAAGAAAACCGCUGAUGAUGCCGAGAUUCGUUUGAAGAGGCAACUCGGCUGGGUUGGUGGCACUGCUGUCCUGGUUGGAAACGUGAUAGGGUCUGGGAUAUUCAUUACACCAAGUUUGAUAUUUCUAAAUUCGGGAUCAGUUGGUGUAGCCCUUCUGAUAUGGUGUCUGAGCGGGAUGCUUUCGCUGAUGGGCGGCCUGUGCUACGCGGAACUAGCAGCCGUGCUGCCAGCCUGCGGCGGCGACUACGCCUACGUCGUCGCUGCGGGCAGGUCUCUGGGCAGGGCCGGCGAUGUGGCAGCCUUCAUGUGCGCCUGGAGCUUCACUACGCUGUCGGACCCGUUAGGGGGAGCCACGCAGGGACUCACAUUCUCGACGUACGCUCUGAGCCUGGCCUACCCUGACUGCGCACCUCCGUACGCGGCCAGCGUUCUCGUCGCCGUGACUUUCACGUGCCUGGCUACCGCACUUAACUGCGUCGCCACCAAAACCUCGUCGUGGCUGCAGGAGGCACUGUCAACAGUGAAAUGUCUGAUCCUGCUGUCCAUUGUGAUCACAGGAGCAGCAUAUUUUGCCAGAGGUAAAAGUGAGCUCGAGGCGCCCCUAUUCUCCACUAGCGUUAGAACAUCGGGAAUCGUGGACGCCUUCUACGGGGCCCUGCUGUCUUUCUCAGGAUGGAAGUACGUAAGCUUCAUUGCCGAAGAAAUGACGGACCCUGUCCGCAACCUGCAGCGGUCUCUCAUGGCAGGUCUCCUCAUCGUAACCGUCAUCUACGUCUCACCAACCUCUCCUACGCCGUGGUCCUGGACUUUCCGACUUUGACGAGCACCGAUGCCAUUGCGUCGGCUUUCGCGCUCAGGACUUGGGGCGCCGUGGGCUACGCGGCCAUACCCGUAGCGGUUUCCGUAAGCGUCUUUGGUAUGCUUUGCGCGUCCUUCUUCAGCGCGUCCCGCUUUGUCCUGGCAGCAGCCAGGACAGGACACUUGCCUCGAGUCCUGUCCCUCGUCACCGUCGACUCACGCGUACCACUUACAUGCGUGAUCUUGAAGGGCGCCCUUUCCGUCAUCUUCGUCUUCUUCGGUUCGGUGCAAUCCCUGAUCCAGGCUGCCGUGUUCGUCGAGACCCUGUGGGACAUUUUUGUGGUGCUCUCCCUGAUCGUACUGCGCUUCACGAUGAAGGACAGGGGGCGAUCGUACAAGGCACCCCUCGUUGUAGUCCUUUUGAAGCUGGUGUCAUCCGUCACUUUGGUUAUCGUUCCGCUGAUUCAACCUACCGACAGCUACAAGUAUCUAGUGAUCGCGGGCAUUUACGUCGUGGGCCUCUUGUACUACCUCUUCUUCGUCGGCAUGCUUUGGGACUGUCGGGCAGCAAGAGUGCUAGCGGAGGUACUUCAGAAGUUGAUGCUUUUGGUGCCUUGUUUCGACGAGCUCACGUUUAUACUUGAACGCAAGAGCAAUGAUCAAAAUAUUUCUAAAGAAUUGCCCGCUUCUGUGCGUCAGUCACAGCAAGUUCAAAGCACUGAGCAGUCAUUGUACUUCGUGGAAGCAGUCAAAGAAGUAAAGGGUGAUUCUUCGCAAGCUGUGGCAGAACGGUCUCGACAAAAAGAUACGACCAUACGGCGUCCCUUGAAUGCAUCAGGGGCAAACAAAACUUACUCGACCAUUGAGUCAGCGGCCACAAGAUUUUAGCUGUGUAUACUAAAUGUUACAUCACAGCCGAUAAUUCAUACAGUACAGAGUACGACUGUCCAUCGAGUGUCAUCAAGUCGCGCUUCCACUGUCCAUAGAAUGUGGGCGUCUGCAUGAAAAUAACAGUGAAUAGUAGGUCCGUGAACUCGGGUCAACUCGUUUGCAUCUAUCUCAGCUUCAUCAUCCGAUAUGCAUGGGUCAUUAUUUCAUCAUGUAAUAUUUGUGUGUUCAGAUUACAAUCAAACUUUGUUGAUGAAGUCGUGGACGAAAAUUCCCCACAAUGUUAAUAACUCAAUCAACACUCAAUCAACACUGCUUCCUUACUAUUCUGCAUAACCUUCAGCGUUUAGUUUAAGUACUGAUCUCUGCGACAUGAGGGCCCGAAUCCGCAACAGUUCUAUUAAAAUGCAAACGUUUCCUUACUGGCCUCUGAUGAUUACAAUCAUGAGCCGCCGCUCAUCUUAGUAAUCCUCAUGAUACGAACAUGAGCGCUGAGCCUAAGAUCAAUCUCAUUUGGCACAUGCUCGAGAUAGGAAUUGUCAGUGCGGGAUUAAUAUAAUGCAUGCCUAAGCUUUUCCGCAAAAUCAACAAUUAUCUUCUCGUUUAUGUGAAAAUUUCUGUGAUUAUGACGUUGUGUGUUCUCUCAUAUUGAGCUCACGAAGAAAGGAUGCUACGCUGAAAGCA